ACGUAUGUGAUUAUUCUUUUACUGUGCUUUUUGACUCGUAAACACAGGCACCAGAAUGUCGUUCAAUAGGCUAAAAUAACCGAGGAUAACAUUUUAUAGCCCAUGUAUGACAUGUUGUCAUUGCAUAAAAAGCGGAUGAACAAUAGUGUUCUCACAGAAGCCAUAACUUUGCAUAACUCCACUUAUACAGUAAACAAGGGAUAUACUCUGGUUGGUACAAACUUUGCCCCCUGGUGUGGCGCUUUAUCGCAGAGACGUGAGUUAUUGUCAGCACUGGCUUAUCUAUUAAACCCCGGGCAACGCACUAAGCAAACACUGCGUUAAAGGAGUGCUGUAAGUGGAAGAUGUGCCUGUCUCGCUUGAUUUGACUGUCUUUGUAGCUCCACUUCGUCAUGGGACAGCAAGGAUCUAAACAACCAGAAGCUCAAGUUCUCAUCCUGGGCCUGGACAACGCGGGGAAAUCGACUCUCCUCUACAAACUGAAACACAACUUGUCUGUCAGCACUGUCCCCACCAUCGGCUUCAAUGUGGAAAUGCUCGAGGCGAGGAAGAACAGGAAGAGCAUCCACUUAACCGUGUGGGAUGUAGGUGGUCAGAGGAAGAUGCGCGAGCACUGGGAGAGUUUCCACCAGGACGCAGCGGCUGUGGUGUUUGUUGUGGACAGCUCGCGCAAGGAGCGCCUGGAGGAGGCGCGCAGGGAGCUGGAGAAAACACUGAGGAGCGAGCAGCUGCGGGGCCGGCCGCUGGUUCUUAUCGCCAACAAACAGGACGUGAACGGAGCUCUGACUGUCACUGAAAUCAAGGACACGUUUAACCUGAAAAAGAUCUGCUCAGGUCGGGAUUGGUUUGUUCAGCCUUGUUCCGCAUCGACGGGAGUUGGAGUUGAAGAGGCCUUCAGACGAGUGGUGCAAAUGCUUAAAUAAAAACAUUAAGUUUUAUUUAUAAGAAAUGUGCUAUAUUCAAAAUAUGGACAAUAUAACGAAUCAUUUUGAAACAAAUUAUAAAUCUAUAUCUCAACUCAU